AUGAUGGCGAUGAUGACUGGCCGUGUGCUGCUGGUGUGUGCCCUCUGCGUGCUGUGGUGCGGUGCCGGCGGUGUUUAUGCGAGGGACCUCGACAACAAGGCACUGGGUGGCUGCAUGGCGUCGGGAGUGUUGGGUAUGAAUGCAUCGUAUGUGCCGAACGGAUGUAAUAAAUACAUGCCGACGCCGCCUUUGCGGUCAGCAUUGCCUAUCCCUGCCAUACAAGCCGAAGUUGGGCAGGUAAGUGUUACUCCUCCAGACUCUGGUUCUGGUGGUGGAGGCGGAGGUUCUCCCGGUGCUCCUCCUGUUCCAGGUGGUGCAGCAGCUCCUUCUGGCCCUGCUGUUCCAGGUGUUCCUGCCGUUCCUAAUGCUGGUGACUCUUCUGGAAGUGAAGGUGAUUCUCCUCGUCCUGCUGCUGGAGAUCUUCAUUCUCAGAGUGAUGACGCGGUGAUCACAAGCAGUGAUUUAUCCAAUACGCAUAGUGGAUCCAGAGAAGAAGUGCUGCAACAAGAGGAAACAGAGACUCACAACCCCUCACCGUCCAAAGGAUUGAAACAGGAGGCACUCCCCGAUGUACAGCAGCCACAAACCUCUGCUUCAGAAAAUAGUAAAACGGGUUGCGACGCUGAGGCGUCGAAUUGCGGAAGUCAAGGAAAGUUGGGAAAGGCAACGAUGGAAAAACAGGAUUUGGAGGAAUCCAAAACACAAGAAUCACCACCGACUAAACAUAAAGAAUCAAAUGGCAAUGAGGAGAACCCAACAGAAGCAUCAAGUACGGAAUCUCAGAAUACGGAAACCCAACAAGAAAUAAAAACGCCAGUGGAUGAGAGUGACAGUACGGGCACCGAUGCAUCCAUAGCGGUUGCCGCACAGAGUACAUCGGCCGGCAGUCAAGAAGAAGCAACUGAGUCAUCUUCCAAUGGCAGUCAUUCUCCACUUCAGGGGGAAGUAUUCACUGGAACAGACACUCCCGAGAAUGCUCCAUCUCCGGGUGCCGCAGAAACAGAAAAACGCCAAGGAGAAAAUGUGACGAAAGAUGGCGACAGCGACAGCAGCACCGCGGCUUCCCACACCACCUCCCCUCUUUUGCUUCUUCUUGUUGCGUGUGCGGCUGCUGUGGUGGCCGCGUGA